UUAGUUUCCCCUUCCAACUUCCAAUUGCAAGAACACACUCAGAGCAGCCUGCAGGCCACACCCACAUUUUUAUUUGAGAAUAUAACCCUGCUCAGAUGUUUUAAUUUACAGGAAAAGCCUCGGGACAGACGUGCCUGAUCUCCUAACAGCCAGUCUUUGCGAAAUAGGUCAGAAUUCUUGCAGAAUUGCUAAUUCCCAACAGCCAUGAGUGAGAAUCUUGAUAACCGCCAAGUCAAGGAUUGCUUGGUUCAGCUGAAAUGUCACUUUACAUGGAAACUGGUACUUGAUGACACUGACAUACGUGACUUAGAAAUCAGGGUCUCAGAACACAUCGAGAAUGUGGACAUGAACAAUACAGUAAUGUACAACCUCCAGGCCUAUGUGAGACACCUUAAAGGCCAGAAUGACAAAGCCCUGCACAGCUUGAAAGAAGCUGAAGAUUUAAUCCAGAGGGAGCACGCUGACCAGUCAGACAGGAGAAGCCUGGUGACCUGGGGCAAUUAUGCCUGGGUGCAUUACCACAUGGGCAGGUUGGCAGACGCCAAGAUGUACCUGGACAAGGUGGAGAACACUUGCAAGAAGUUUGCAAGUCCUUUCCGCUUUAAGUUAGAGUGCCCGCAGUUGGACGGUGAGGAAGGAUGGUCCUUGCUGAAGUGUGGAGGACAGAAUUAUGAGCGGGCUCAAGCCUGCUUUGAAAAGGCUUUGAAAUUCGAGCCAGAAAACCCUGAAUUUAAUGCUGGGUAUGCUAUUAUUGCCUAUCGCCAAGAUUGUGACAACAGUAAUGUAAUUUCACUAGAUCCCUUGAGGAAGGCCUUGAAACUAAAUCCUGAAGAUGGAUAUAUCAAAGUUCUUCUUGCACUGAAGCUUCAAGAUAUAGGAGAGGAAGCUGAAGGAGAAAAAUACAUUAAAGAAGCCCUAAGCAACAAGUCCUUCCAGACCUAUGUCUUUCGCUAUGCAGCCAAGUUUUAUAGAAAAAAAGGCUGUAUAGAUAAAGCUCUUCAGCUCUUUGAAAAGGCGUUGCAGGCAACACCCAACUCUGCCUACCUGCAUUACCAGAUUGGGCUUUGCUACAAGAUACAGAUGUUCCAAGUAAAGGGGAGCACGAAUAGGCAGGAUAGAGAAAUUAUUGGCAGAUUUGCUCGAUUGGCUAUAGGUGAGUUUCAAAAAACUACAACUGACAGACCCACUUUUGAGAUGGCUUACAUUAAUCUGGCUGAUGUGUAUGCAAAAUUAGGUCAGUAUGAAAAGGCAGAGGAAAAUUUUCAGAAAGCGUUAUGCAUGAAGGACAUUCCUGAUCACUUACAGCAAGAUAUUCAUUUCCGCUAUGGCCGCUUCCAAGAAUUUCACAGGAAAUCUGAAGAUGAGGCAAUCACCCAUUAUUUAAAAGGUCUCAAAAUAGAAGAAAAGUCCGUUGUCAGGGAUAAACUCCUAAAUGCUUUGGAGAAAUUGGCUAAAAGACGUGUUCAGCACAAUGUUUGUGUUGUGGAAAGCUUCAGCCUCUUUGGGCUGGUGCACAAAUUAAAAGGGGAGGUGAAUGAGGCCCUGCUGUGCUAUGAGAAGGCUCUGAGGCUCACAGAACACCUGAAUCCUAUGUUUUGAAGAACAGUUGACCAGUACCAAUGUCACAUGUUCGUUACUAAAUAUAAAAAAUGUUUAAUGUGGUGAACAUAAAUUAGUUGAAUACAGAAAACACGCAGCAAAAAAUAUUGAAUUUGUUAUUCAAUUUUUUAAUGCGUUUUGGAGUAGACUCCAUGAAGGAGGAAGUUCUGAUUGCUCAGCAAAAAGAUGCUCAGCUUUGGGGGAAAUACACAGAGAUAAGAUUGAUUAGUUUAAGCAGAAACCCUGUGUACCUGAAUUUGUAAGCUGAUACCAUGACAUUUUCUCUUAAAAUACAGGCAGUGUAUCAUUUUUACUUUCUGGUUAUAAUAUACUGCAGGAAUUUUAAAGAUCAUUUUAGGGGGAAGUCAAAUGAAAGUUAUAGGAAGAACAUUCUUCCUACUUCCUGUGAAUAGCACUGCUUUAAAAUGAACUUAUAAUGUAAGAAAAUAACCUAAUUAAUAGUCUAUUAGUACUCGAAUAGAUUCUAGUAAGUCAAAUUGUGGGUCCAGGUGGGCUAACUCCUCCCAGGAACACCAAUGAAAAGGUGUGACUGUUACCUGGCCAUUCACAAGAAAACAUUUCUGCGGUCUGACUCCUUUCUCCGUUGAUGUGAGUGGAAGUAGGUUAGGAAUAAUAUCAAUAGC